UGGUCUUGGCCAGAGGCAUGCAUCCAAGCCUACUUGAUGGCCAUCUUGCAGACUGUAACCCCUUAUAAGAAAUAAGUCUUCUCUCCUUUUCUAAAUUUGCAAAUUGUGAUUUUCUUAAGUUAACACACAUUACACGCAUUCCUGUCAUCUGUGAGGCAUUUACAAGUAGAUUAUUUGAUCACACUUUUAGAUUUAAAAUAAUUGCAUUUAUUUUGAUUUCUUCUAUUUCCCAAUAAAAUUUCCAUCUAUUACAGAAAUAUGAAAGAAUAUUAAAAGGGUAUUGCAAUAAGAGUAUGUUUUUAUAUCAACUUCUCUUCCCCACUAUUUGCUUUAUAAGUCUUAGUGAGUGCUCUUUUACAUUUAUUGCAUUUUAUUUCAGGGAUAUCUAAUGAGGACAUGGAACAGAAUAAUGCAACAUUGCUGACAGAAUUUGUUCUCACAGGACUUACAUAUCAACCAGAGUGGAAAAUAACCCUGUUUUUGGUGUUCCUGGUGAUAUAUCUCAUGACUAUUGUGUGGAACCUUGGUCUGAUUGUACUUAUCUGGAAUAAUCCACAACUUCACAUCCCCAUGUACUUACUUCUUGGGAGUUUAGCCUUUGUUGAUGCUUGGAUAUCUUCCACAGUAACUCCCAAAAUGUUGGUUAAUUUCUUGGCCAAAAACAAGAUGAUAUCUUUGUCUGAAUGCAUGAUUCAGUUUUUUUCCUUUGCAUUUGGUGGAACCACAGAAUGUUUUCUCUUGGCAACAAUGGCAUAUGAUCGCUAUGUAGCCAUAUGCAAACCUUUACUAUAUCCAGUGAUUAUGAACAACAGACUAUGCAUACAGCUGUUAGUCUUGUCAUUUUUAGGUGGCUUCCUGCAUGUCUUAAUUCAUGAAGUCCUUAUAUUCAGAUUAACCUUCUGCAAUUCCAACAUAAUACAUCAUUUUUACUGUGAUAUUAUACCAUUGUUUAUGAUUUCAUGUACUGACCCUUCUAUUAAUUUUCUAAUGGUUUUUAUUUUGUCUGGCUUAAUUCAGGUAUUCACCAUUGUGACAGUUCUUAACUCUUACACAUUUGCUCUUUAUACAAUCCUAAAAAAGAAGUCUGUCAGAGGCAUAAGGAAAGCCUUUUCCACAUGUGGAGCUCAUCUCUUAUCUGUCUCUUUAUAUUGUGGCCCCCUUCUCUUUAUGUAUGUGCACCCUGCAUCUCCCCAAGCAGAUGAUCAAGAUAUGAUAGAUUCUCUGUUUUAUACCAUCAUAAUUCCUUUGUUAAAUCCUGUUAUCUACAGUCUGAGGAAUAAGCAAGUAAUAGAUUCAUUCACAAAAAUGGUAAAAAGAAAUGUUUAGAUCUCACAGCAAUAUCUCCCAUUUUUAGUAAAAAGAAUUUCACAGGUUAGAUAAGGUUGUGUUUUGUUAAGUGUUCAAAGUUUUUGUAGUUAUAAUCGUCUUAGCGUUUUAAUUACUUAAGGUUUUAUACCUAAUAAACUUCAUAAAAUAUUUAGAUGUAUUAUUCAAAAGUAUACAAGGAAUUUUAAACAGGUGUUCAUGUCAUAUUGGAAUAAUUAAAGCAGAAAACAAAUGAA